AUGGCUGCAAAUGUAUGGCGAAUAUCUUUUGCGUUCAUCUGGAUAAUUACAUUAGUUUCAUGUUCGAGGACGAGGAUUUAUCCACCAAAUGAAGUGACCCUGCUGGAUACCAGGACAGUGCCAGGAGAGCUGAAAUGGGCAGCCAGUCCCUCAGAGGGAGGGUGGGAAGAGGUGAGUAUCAUGGAUGAGAAGAACAUACCCAUCAGAACAUACCAGGUGUGUAACGUCUUAGAACCCAAUCAAAACAACUGGCUGAGAACUGACUGGAUCCCUCGGUCCGGCGCUCAGCGGGUCUACGUUGAAGUCAAGUUCACACUGAGAGACUGUAACAGCCUGCCAGGGGUCACUGGCACCUGCAAGGAGACAUUCAAUCUGUACUACCACGAGUCAAACGAAGACAGAGAGAGCUACAUCAAAGAGAGCAGCUUCAUUAAGGUGGACACUGUGGCAGCAGACGAGAGCUUCACCCAGGUGGACGUCGGAGACCGCGUCAUGAAACUGAACACUGAGGUGCGUGACGUAAAGGUCACAACCCGGAAGGGCUUCUACCUGGCCUUUCAGGAUGUUGGCGCUUGCAUCGCUUUGGUUUCUGUCAGAGUUUUCUACAAAACCUGCCCGCUCACCAUCCGUAACCUGGCAACCUUUCCCGACACAGUUACCGGGGCUGACACUUCAUCUUUAGUGGAGGUUAGAGGGUCUUGUGUCAACCAAUCAGAAGAGAGGGAAGAGCCUAAAAUGUACUGCGGAGCUGAUGGAGAGUGGUUGGUUCCUAUUGGUGGAUGUCUUUGUAACCCAGGAUACGAAGAGAAGGGCGGUGCAUGUAAAGCCUGUACUGCAGGUUUCUACAAGGCCAAGUCUUCAGAUGCAGGAUGCUUUAAGUGUCCUCCACAUAGCCACUCGCUGAGAGAUGGGGCGACUGUCUGUGACUGCCACACUGGAUACUUCCGCGCUGACACGGACCCUCCAUCCAUGGCUUGUACCCAACCGCCAUCAGCCCCACAGCAGCUGAUAUCAGUGGUGAACGAGACCUCUGUGGUCCUGGAGUGGAGCCCCCCUCACCGACUGGGAGGACGAAGCGACACCAGCUACGGCCUGGAGUGUCUCAUCUGUCAAACUGGGAGUCAGCUCUGCCUUCCCUGCGGCUCAGAUGUGCUCUUCUCUCCGGGACAGACAGGCCUGAGGACCAGCAGAGUGGUGGUUAGCGAGCUCAGGGCCCAUACCCACUACACCUUCAUCGUCCAUGCACUCAAUGGGAUCUCCCAGGCCAGUGGUGCAGGGGCAUCCCAGAGUGUGUCUGUCACCGUCACCACCAACCAAGCUGCUCCCUCUCCAGUGUCGUCCAUCCAAGCCACCGAUGUCACCAGGCAUAGCUUGUCAUUGUCGUGGCAACAGCCAGAUCGACCCAACGGGGUCAUCCUAGAAUACGAGGUCAAGUUCUAUGAAAAGGAUCAGAGAGAGAGGUCCUACCGCAUAAUGAGGACCUUCUCUCGAAAUAUCGAUGUCACGGGUCUCAACCCCCUUACUGUGUACGUGUUUCAUGUGCGUGCACGCACAGCUGCUGGAUAUGGAGAUUUCAGUGCCCCGUUUGAGUUCUCCACUAAUUCAGAUCCCUUCCCUCUGAUUGGAGAAGGAGUUAACUCGGCCUUCCUGUUGCUGUCUGUUAGCGGGGUUGGAAUAUUGCUGCUGAUAUCUGCAGCUGUCUUCAUCAUUAGCCGCAGGAGGAGCAAGUACGGUAAAACAAAACAGGACUCAGAGGAGGAGAAACAUCUUAACCCAGGAGUUAAAAUCUACGUGGACCCGUUCACCUAUGAAGAUCCCGAUCAGGCCAUCCACGAGUUUGCCAAAGAGAUUGAUGUUAGCAGUAUUCACAUCGAGAGAGUUAUUGGCAUGGGAGAGUUUGGGGAGGUGUGCAGUGGUCGGCUGCAUAUGCAGGGAAAGAGGGAGAUCUACGUGGCCAUCAAGAGUCUGAAGGCGGGAUUCUCUGACAAACAGAGGAGGGACUUCCUGUCUGAAGCCUCCAUCAUGGGACAGUUUGACCAUCCGAACAUCAUCAGGCUGGAGGGUGUUGUGACAAGAUGUAAGCCAUUGAUGAUCAUCACAGAAUACAUGGAAAAUGGAUCUCUGGAUGGUUUUCUUCGGAAACAUGACGGCCAGUUCACGGUAAUCCAGCUGGUUGGCAUGCUGCGUGGCAUCGCCUCGGGCAUGAAGUACCUGUCAGAUAUGAACUACGUUCACAGAGAUCUGGCCGCUCGAAACAUCCUGGUCAACAGCAACCUCGUGUGUAAGGUGUCUGACUUUGGUCUGAGUCGAGUUCUGGAGGACGACCCUGAGGCUGCCUACACUACAAGGGAGGCCAUUGGGACUUACCUUUCACCUGGAGGGAAGAUCCCCAUUAGAUGGACUGCACCCGAAGCCAUAACCUACAGGAAGUUCACCACGGCCAGUGAUGUGUGGAGUUACGGUAUCGUUAUGUGGGAGGUGGUUUCAUAUGGAGAGAGACCCUACUGGGACAUGAACAACCAGGACGUGAUUAAAGCGAUAGAGGAGGGCUACCGUUUGCCUGCUCCCAUGGACUGCCCUGUGGUUCUGCACCAGCUCAUGUUGGACUGCUGGGAGAGAGAGCGAGCAGACAGACCCACCUUUAGCCAGAUACUCAACAUGUUGGAUAAGCUCAUUCGUAACCCUGGGACUCUGCGCCGGAUAGGGGGGGACAGACCCACAGCCACUAUGUUGGAGCCAGAGGUGUGUGUGUCCGAGUGGUCGGUUUGUGAGUGGCUGCAGUCCAUCGGGUUGGAGAGGUACAGAGACACUCUGGCAGCAGCAGGAUACACCAGUCUCGACAGCCUACUGGCUCUCACACACCAGGAGAUGGACAGACUUGGAAUUAUCACACCAUCACACCAGGACAUACUAAUUGCUAGUGUGCAGCAGGAAAUGUUGUCUCAAAUGCAGCACAUGCAACACACAAUGGUUCCAGUCUGA